AGGUGUUACAGUAUCGAUCAGCAUCCAGUUCUAAUAAGGAGCACUCAAGCACCAACAAUAACAAUAUCAAUCAUGAAAUUCUUCAUUGCCAUUGCUCUCGUAGCCGUAGCUGUUUCAGCAGCUCCAGAACGUCAACGUCGUUCACUUGGUUGGGGUCACAAUGGAGCUGUAGUACUCGGUGGAGUACCAUUAGGAAUUAAUGGUAUUGGACUUGGAGGUCUUGGUCUUGGUGGUCUUGGACAUGCAGGUCUUGGACUUGGUCUUGGUCUUGCUCCAUCAACAGCAAUAGUUGGACCAUCAGCACCAUCAGUAGCCGUUGUUGGACCUUCUGCAGGAUCAACUGCUGUUGUUGGACCAUCAGCACCAUCAGUUGCUGUUAUUGGACCUAAUGCCGGCUCUACAGCUGUCAUUGGACCAAAUGCUGGUAGUGCAGCUAUUGUUGGAGCCCAUGGUUUACACGGAGCUGUUCUUGGACAUGGAGCUUUGAACGCAGCUGUUGUUGGACCCGCUCCAGGUGCUACUCUUGUUGCUGGACCAUCUGGUACAAUUUCCACUGGAAUUGGUGCUGGUUUAAUUGGUGCCCAUGGCAUUAUUGUAUAAAUAACAUCUCAAUUUACAAAUGUUAACACUGUAUAAUUGCACCAUUAUCAGACCAUUGGAAACAUUAUUAUUUCAACGAAAUUGGCUUUUUCAAUUUAUUCUUAUUGACUACAUGAAGUUUAUUGAUUUUUAAAAUAUCCUUCUAUUAAAUACUCACAAAAUAAUGGAUUUUACAUGUGGAUAUUUUAAUAACAGCCUCAUACACCAAUUAAUUUUUUUUUUUACAGAUUAAAUGGUUUUAAAAUAUUCAUAUAAUAUUCAACUAUAUACUGCCAACUAUCUAUCCUUUUUUUCUAAAAACAUUUUACAUUGUAUUUAAAAUUAUCUUUACAAUUUAUUGUAAUAACAUUUUUUUUUUAUAAAUAAAAAUUUCUAUUUACUGACAAAACAAAG